AUGAACUAUAACGACUAUUAUUCUUAUGGCUCGAAUAGCCAAUCCAUCAGCCAAUACUAUGGGCAAUAUAGUUUUACCCAUCAAGGCGGGCCUAACAACCAAUAUGGCUCAAGUAGUCAGUUUGGCGGCCAAUAUGGUGGGCACAACUAUGUUGGAGGAUUUGGUGACCAGUAUAGUGGGCACAACUAUAUUGGGGAAUAUGAUGUUAUGAACCAAAAUGGUUCGAAUGAUCAAAAUGGCUUUGGUGGCCAAACCAAUCAAGGUGCCUAUAUCGGCCAAUACAAUUCUACAUAUCAAUAUGGUUCUAGUAGCCAAUUCAAUGGCCAACAUGGCGGAAACAAUAAUCAUGGCCAAAAUAAUAUAAUAUAUCAAAAUUAUGCGAAUGGCCAACAUGGUUAUAAUGGCCAGUACAAUCAAGUGGCCGGAGGACAAAAUAAUUCGGUCAAUAUUUAUAAUCAGCCUAGUUACGGCCUCCACCAAGCUAAUCAGAUUUUUGGCUGUAACGACCAAAAUAAUAUUAACAUAGGUGAAAUGCCAUAUGUUGACCGUAUGGACAAAGAACAUCAAAAUUUCAUAAAGGAAAUAUCCGAAGUGAAAGAUAUGAUGGAUGAGUUUCAUGCUUCCAACGAACUUUUGUUCCAAGGUUUGCGUGAAGUCACCUCGCGACUUGUAGUAGAAGAGCAAGCUCUUAGUCACAAUCUUAAAUCUCAGCCACAGCAGGAAAACCAUCAAGUGACUACAAUACGGUCACUCAUUCUACCUACCUAUGUGGAGGAAAAUGAGGUUGGCCGACAAUAUAUAAAGGAAAAUGAUGUGGAUGAUCCAACCUGA